GGAUUCAUUGCCACAAGAACUCAACUACAUCUUCUAUCGCCUUGAGGAUUCAAACCCAACAACCAUGUCAUUUUCCAGUGCCAAAAAAUUCUUCCAGAGGUUCUGUGUAGAUGAAUUCCAAAUGGGAAGUUUUCCAUAUAGCAGCUUUAUGUCUAAUGAUCUCUUGCCAUCCCUUGGAGCCAGAAUUAACCAGGAAACUAGACUUCGAAAAUACAUAAUCUCCCCUUUCAAUCCACGUUAUAGGGCAUGGGAGAUGUUACUGAUCAUUCUAGUCAUUUACUCUGCAUGGAUUUGCCCCUUUGAAUUUGCCUUUCUUCCUUAUAAACAAGACACACUAUUCAUCAUAGACAACAUAGUCAAUGGCUUCUUUGCCGUUGACAUCAUGCUAACAUUCUUUGUUGCAUAUCUAGAUAGCCAUUCUUACCUUCUUGUUGAUGAUCCUAAAAGAAUUGCAGUCAGGUACAUAUCUACAUGGUUUAUCUUUGAUGUAUGUUCAACUGCACCAUUUCAAUCCAUCAGCCUCCUCUUCACGAAUCAUAGCAGUGAGAUUGGCUACAAAGCUCUUAACAUGCUUCGAUUAUGGCGCCUGAGACGAGUUAGUUCAUUGUUUGCAAGACUUGAGAAGGACAUUCGCUUCAAUUACUUCUGGACUAGGUGCUCAAAGCUCAUAGCUGUAACCUUGUUUGCUGUGCACUGUGCUGGAUGCUUUAACUAUCUAAUUGCAGAUAGGUACCCUGAUUCCAAAAGGACCUGGAUUGGUUCAGCGUACCCAAAUUUUAAAGAAUUAAGUCUUUGGAACAGAUAUGUCACAUCCAUAUAUUGGUCCAUUGUCACACUUACUACCACUGGAUAUGGAGAUUUGCAUGCUGAAAACACCAGAGAGAUGCUAUUUGAUAUCUUUUACAUGUUGUUUAACUUGGGGUUAACAUCAUACAUCAUUGGAAACAUGACAAACUUGGUAGUUCACUGGACAAGUCACACCAGAAAUUUUAGAGAUACAAUCAGAGCAGCUUCAGAAUUUUCAACAAGAAAUCAUCUGCCUCAUCAUAUACAUGAUCAAAUGUUGUCACACUUGUGUUUGAGGUUCAAAACAGAAGGAUUGAACCAGCAAGAAACAUUAAAUGGUAUGCCAAAGGCAAUUCGUGCAAGCAUUGCAUACCAUCUAUAUUUUUCUGUUUUGCAGAAGGUCUACCUCUUCAAUGGAAUUUCACAUGAUUUUCUUUUCCAACUGGUUACAGAAAUGGAAGCUGAGUAUUUCCCACCAAAGGAAGAUGUGAUACUACAAAACGAGUCUCCUACAGAUCUUUAUGUGCUGGUUUCAGGGGCAGUGGACCUCAUUUGCCAUGUUGAUGGCCAUGAUCAAGUUCUGAAGAAGGCAAUUGCAGUAGAUACAUUUGGAGAGAUUGGAGUUUUAUACAAUAGACCACAGCCUUUCACAGUUCGGACCACUGAGCUUUCUCAAAUUUUAAGACUCAGCAGAACUUCAUUAAUGAAUGCCAUACAUGCAAAUCCUGAAGAAGCAAAACAUAUAAUGAAAAAUCUUUUUAUGAUGUUAAAGGGACAUGAAGGAUUGGGUUCUGAACCACCUACAGACCCUGGAUUGGUUCUUCAUGAUGGGGACAACACAAGAGGAAACUCUUCCCAUGCAUAUACAGAUAAUUCACAUGGAGAAGCCAGAUUGCGUAACAUGAUUCCUGAGGAUGGAAAAAGAGAUCAUUAUGGUCCUGCACACAAAGGUCAUCCAGACAUGGUUGAAAUUCAGCUAGAAAAAGAAGCAAAUGAAAAGAACCAUAGUCCCAUAAGAUGGAAACAGAAAGCUCUUGUAGACCAGAAACAAAACAAGAGCAUUUCUGACCUCAUAAUGAAUCUUGAAAAUGGGAAGAAAUUAGAUGAACAUAUAAUAGAGUUAGUGGAGCCAGCAACCCUCAACCAUGCUAUGACUGACCAAUUCAGAAAAACAAGAGAAGAUGUUCUUAGAACUACCAACUUCCCUUUAGCAAAAGUGUACACAAACUUCUAUUCAAGCAACUCUAACCAUCCAAAUGAUAGAGAAGCAGCAAUGUUCAUCAAUAAGAGAGUUACCAUUCACUUUCUUGGCAAACAUGGAACUACCUUGCAGGGACAGCAUGGGAAGCUGAUAAUCUUACCUGAUUCAAUAGAAGAGCUGCUCAAGAUUGCUGGAGAAAAGUUUGGAGGCUCCAAGCCUACGAAAGUAAUGAAUACAGAGAACGCAGAGAUAGAUGAUAUCAGUGUCAUUCGAGAUGGUGAUCAUCUCUUUUUUCUUUGCAGUGACAGUGACAAUUUGAGUUCAUAAUCUAAUCAAAGUAGAUAUGAAGCAAACUUGUAACGUUCAGGAAGGUAAAAGCACAGACAGAUUACAUAAAGUGUCAUUGGAGUGGUGAUCAUCCCUUUCCUCUUUGCAGCAACACUUAAAUUUUGUGUUCAUGAUUUUAUUGAAGGUACAUAGUGAAUGUACUAAUAGUUGUAACCUUUAGGAAUGUAAUGAUAAUGAUACAAUCAUAUAUUAAAAAUAUUGAUAAAUCAUAACAUUCAAUUACAAAAGCUGCU